AUGCCCCACGGGUAUACAGUUCUACACCCCCAUUGCUCGCGGCUCGGGGAUGCCCCGCGCCGAAUGAGUCAGACCCCGGCCCCCCACUCCGAGGCCCCACUCCGAGGCCCCACUCCGAGCUCUCGGACAAUUCCAUCAGGGGAUGUACAAGCAGUCGAUGGCAUGUCAUCUUGUCACCUUUCAUACCCCUAUCUCAAAAUGGCCAACAGAUUUUCCGAAGUCUUGCGAGACAGUGCUCUAGAUUUAGCACCUUAUGAAGACCUGUACAGAUGGUUCCACGCUCAUCCAGAACUGUCAUGCCAGGAAUUGAAAACAUCCGAAAAGAUCGCAGAACAUCUCUCCCAAUUGGAUGCUUUUGAAAUUCACACAAAGAUCGGCGGCCAUGGGCUGACAGGAGUACUGAGAAAUGGUCCCGGAAAAACGAUCCUUCUCCGCGCGGAUAUGGACGCGCUUCCCGUGAAGGAGCUAACAGGUCUACCAUAUGCUAGCACUGUGACUAUGCAAGAUGCGAUUGGAUUGGAAAGACCCGUCAUGCACGCCUGCGGCCACGAUAUGCACGUCACCUGUCUUCUUGCAGCGGCGGAAACGCUGGUCAAGAUCCGGGACUCAUGGAGCGGAACUUUGAUCGUGUUGUUCCAACCUGACGAGGAGCGGGGUGGAGGUGCUCAAGCCAUGGUUGACGAUGGGCUUUACUCAAAGGUUCCGAUUCCAGAUAUUGUGUUGGGUCAACAUGUCAUGCGACUGCGUGCCGGGAGCGUUGGGUUGCGGCCCUCGACGAUCAUGGCCGCGGCUGACUCGAUGCGGGUUACUGUAUUCGGGCGCGGAGGUCACGGAUCAUUGCCGCACCAGACGGUCGAUCCGGCUCUGUUAGCUGCCCAUAUUGUUGUGAGACUUCAGAGUAUCGUGAGCCGGGAGGUCGAUCCUAGUGAUCUGGCGGUUGUCACGGUUGGAAGUCUUCAAGCCGGUCAGACCGAGAACAUUAUCGCAGAUCGGGCUGAGAUUGGACUUGACUUCCGUACUGUGAAGCUGGAGACUAGAGAGAAGAUCAUUUCUGCCAUCAAGCGAAUCGUCGAGGCCGAAUGCAUGGCUAGUGGUUCCCCCAAGCCGCCCAUUUUUGCCCCAACUCGUCGGUUCCCACCAACAAACAAUGAUAAUGACCUUACCUCCAAGCUGGCCGACUCUUUCGGGAGCCACUUCGAGAAUUUCGACGGCGACACGCCGAGAACGAAUGUCAGCGAAGACUUUUCCACGCUAGCUACCUGCAAAGAUUUGCCGAGUUGCUUUUGGUUCAUUGGCGGUAUUGAUCCCGAACUUUGGGAUAAAGCACAGCGAGGACACAGCGAUGCAGAGGAAAUUGCUGGCAAUCAUUCUGCGUUGUUUGCCCCUGUCAUUCAACCCACGAUGAGAGCGGGUGUCGACGCUCUUUGCCUCGGAGCGCUGACAUUCUUGCGGGAAGAAUAA